GCAAUAUGGCGGCUUCCAUACGUAGCAAACAAAAGUUUUGUUAAAUUACGAUUUUGUUCGAUUCUUAUGCAGUGUAUAAAUUAAUACUGAUCUAAGUUUCGCCAAGUUUUCAAUUCUAAUAAAGGAGCACAGAAUGAAGUCAAUUUUCUCCCUAGUUGUGAUUGUUGUUGUGGGCCAUGUUACCAUGGUAACAGAUGCAAAGCCAAAGUAUGUCUCUGUGAAUCUUGAAGCUAAAUGGAGUUCUACACCAAUGUUGCUUGAAGCAAGUGAGUUCUUGGCUUCAGAGGGGAAUGACAAUUUCUGGGGAUUUGUUGGUAGGAUAGCGGAGCUUAAUCCAGAGCUUGUUGCUCAAGAGACAGAUAAGGCUAUGUAUCACCUUGUCCAGAAAUUCUCCUCCAGAUACUUGUCACCGAUGCUACAGAAUUUUCUAAAGAUGUAUCUGUCAUUGAGGGCAUAUUCUCCUAUGGUGGAAAUGUUCCAACAGAUGGCCAUAGAUGCUGGCCCUCCAGAUGGUUGUGAUGCCUUUGUGUAUAUACAUGGAGAGAAAUCAUGUGACCUGGAGAAAAUCUCUGGUUUGGUUGAUGGUGCAGCAAGCAGAAGUGGUCCAGCACUUUUUAAGUUUGACCAUGUGUAUCCGUCGGGUAAGGACAGUCCAGUGACAGUUAUAUUGUAUGCUCAGCUCGGUACAGCAGGCUUUAAGAAGUUUCACAAUAAACUGGUGGAAAUGAGCAGUGCAGGAAAAAUAUCUUACAUUUACAGACAUUAUAUUCAGGAACCAUCAGAGACUAAGACGCGGCUGUCAGGUUAUGGGGUAGAGCUUGCUAUCAAAAGUACAGAAUACAAGGCGAAAGACGAUACCAAAGUUGAAGAGAACGUUUCUCAAGGUGGUGACAGUCAAGCUGAUGAGGAUGAGGACCCUGAUACAGACACUGAAGGUUUUCUGUUCUCCACUCUCAGGGAAAAGCAUCCAGAACUGAAAGACGACCUAAGAAAGUUGAAAACAUACCUGAGUGAUUCGUCGACAGAGCUGGCUGCAUUUAAAGUGUGGCAGCUUCAAGAUCUUGGAUUACAAGCAGCCCAGAAGAUAAUGUCAGCAGAUCCCAAUGAUGCCUUGCAGGUGCUGAAAGAAAUCAGUCAAAACUUCCCAUCUGUAGCAAGGGCUUUGGUUAAGGUAACAGUUGAUGACAAGAUGAAGAAAGAAAUCGAGAAAAAUCAGCAGUAUUUUGAGAAUUACCAUGGUAUAAGUGGGGGAGACUCGGCCCUGUAUGUGAAUGGUAUACCCAUGGACAUGGAUGUAUAUGACGUGUUUACUCUACUAGAUGUCAUGAAAUCGGAGGCGAAAAUCAUGGAGGGACUGUUUUCCCUUGGAUUCAAGGGAGAAGAUUUAUACAAGCUACUGCAGAUAGAGACCAAUGACGACAAGCAAGAGUUUGCAUUAGAUAUCAGACACAGUGCUGUACAGUAUAUCAAUGACCUUGAGACAGAUGAGAAGUAUAAAGGUUGGCCUGAUCAGAUGCAGGAUAUAUUGAGACCAACGUACCCAGGAAUGCUGAGACAUGUUGCGAAAAACUUCUUUAAUUUGGUAUUCAUUGUGGACCCACUGGACAAGGACAGUAGAGAGUUGUUGAAGAUGGCUGAAGCAUUCUACGUCCAUAGCGUACCAGUCAGAAUGGGUAUUGUGUUUGCCGUCAAUUCUGCGAAGGAAGUGAGCGGGUUUGAUGACCCGGCUGUGGCCCUGGCUUAUGCUUUUGAUUACAUCAGACAAGAAGAAGAUGCCCCUAAAGCCUUGACCUUCAUCACUGAUGUAUAUGAGACAGCCAAGACAGAUGAUAUCACUGUAGAUAUGAUCACAGCAGAGUUCAAGUCACAGUUCCCUGAUGAAGAACUAGAAAAGGUGUUUGGUAAACAGUCCGAAUACGAUUAUGUUAAAAAGAGUAGUGGAGACUUCCUGGUGAGGUCCGGCCUUAGUGAUUACCCACAAGUUCUGCUGAAUGGGAAACCAUUGAAGAAGAGCGAUCUUAACCAGGACAACUUCGAGGAAGGAGUUAUCUCUGAAAUUAUGCAGGCCACACCAGAAUUACAACAAAAUGUUUACCAGGGUAGACUACAUGAUGGUCACAAUGUGCUAGAAUGGUUGAUGGAGAAAGAUAACGUCUUGCCGCGACUAAAUUCAAGGGUACUAUCAGGGCCGUCUAAAACACUUGACCUCUCUGAAAAUAUUGAGAAUGAACUAACUGACGACUAUGGUACAUUUGAGAUGCUGACAUCCAAGGAUAUGAGUGCAGUGAUUGCUAACAGCAUGAAAUACUUCUAUAGAAAUGAUGAAAGCAACAUAUACCCGGUGUCUAUGUGGUUAGUGUCAGAUUUACAGACUGAGGCAGGCCGGUCCUUGGCUUAUUCUGCACUCAAAAGAAUUAAACAUUCCAAUGACCUGAGACUGGGAUUCCUUUCCAACACAGCCUCCCCGAGUGAGGGUAAGGUUGAUAUCAACAAGGCUGUUCAUGUCGCUGCUAACACAUUGUCUAACACACUAGGCAAGAAUUUUAUCACCAAACUUGUGAAAGAGGAGAAUUUCCAGGCCCUGCAAAGCGGAGCAAAAACGCUGAAAGAUUUGGAAGUCAAUGGUAUGGACAUGAAGGGGUAUUUGGAAGCGUAUGAGAAACAGACUGGUGAUUUCCUGAAAGUACAUAGACUGUUUGCCGAGAGAGUACUGGAGUUUGGUCCCAGUCAGAGAGGUCUCGUCACAAAUGGACAGGUACUUGGACCCCUGGGUGAGAGUGAGGAGUUUAUCAAUGAAGAUGUUGACUUGCUAGAGUUGUUUGUGAAGCAGAAGUCGGCCAAGAAAAUCAAAACUACAUUGAAGGGAAUGAAGUACGCAGGACAAAAGGGCAGUGAUUUACUGAUGAAGGUUGGAGGACUUCUAACAUCAGUGGAGACAAGUAGGACCAGGAAGAAGGUGAACUAUGGUGGAGAUCAGCAUAGUGUUGUGAAGAUACCAGGCAACCCGGACACCCCAGCGUUCCAGAUAGAGGCUAUAGUUGAUCCGGCAUCCUCAGCUGCGCAGAAACUCGCGCCUAUCUUGAUGGUCCUAAAAGACCUGUAUAACCUUGACAUAAGGAUCUACAUGAACAGCAGGGAGAAGCUGUCUGAGAUGCCACAGAAAAGGUAUUACAGAUAUGUUCUGAACUCUGAACUGACUUUCAAAGCAGACGGUAGUUUAACAUCUGGACCGAUAGCCAAGUUUACGGACCUUCCACACAAAUCUAUACUAACACUGGCUAUGGAACCCCCAGAGAGUUGGUUAGUCCAGGCAGUCACAGCACAGUAUGAUCUGGAUAAUAUAUUGCUGGAAGAAGUGAAAGGUGGAGUGACCGCCGACUUUGAUUUGGAAUCUUUACUCCUUGAAGGACAUUGUUAUGACGCCAAUACUGGGCAACCACCGAGAGGGUUACAGUUUGUGCUUGGUACCAACUCCUCAGACAUUGUCCAGGAUACAAUUGUCAUGGCAAACUUGGGUUAUUUCCAACUGAAAGCUACACCAGGAGCAUGGACAUUAAAUCUGAGGAAGGGGAGAUCAUCAGAAUUAUUUGAUAUUUCGAGUCACGAGUACACAGAUACACCAGCAGGAUCAAAGGAUGUAAUAGUCACUAUAAAUGACUUCAAAUCUAAAACUAUACGAGUAAAGGUUGGUAAAAAGCCAGGAAUGGAGAAAGAGAAACUUCUAGAUGAUAGCAAAGAGGAAAAUGGUGGAUUAUGGAAUACUAUUUCAAGUUCAUUUUCAGGCGGAGAUAAGUCUGUAGAAGACAGUGAUCAAACAUUGAAUAUAUUCUCUGUGGCCUCUGGUCAUUUAUAUGAAAGAUUAUUAAGAAUUAUGAUGAUGGGUGUAUUGAAGCAUACAAAGUCUAAAGUGAAAUUCUGGUUUUUAAAGAAUUAUCUUUCACCAUCAUUUAAGGAUUUUAUACCACACUAUGCAAAGGAAUAUGGAUUUGAGUACGAGUUUGUAGAGUAUAAGUGGCCGAGAUGGUUAAAUCAACAAAAAGAAAAGCAGAGGAUUAUCUGGGGAUAUAAAAUAUUGUUCCUCGAUGUACUGUUCCCGCUACAUGUGAAAAAAUUCAUCUUUGUUGAUGCUGAUCAGAUUGUAAGAUCAGACUUACAAGAAUUAAAUGACCUUGACCUGGGCGGAGCUCCCUAUGGUUAUACACCGUUCUGUAGUGAUAGAACUGAAAUGGACGGCUUCAGAUUUUGGAAGUCGGGCUACUGGGCAAGCCAUUUAGCGGGUAGAAAAUAUCAUAUUAGUGCCUUAUAUGUCGUAGAUUUAAAACGGUUCCGUCAGAUAGCAGCUGGGGACCGAUUAAGGGGCCAGUAUCAAGGGUUAAGCCAGGAUCCAAACAGUUUAUCUAACCUGGAUCAGGAUUUACCAAACAAUAUGAUCCACCAGGUAGCGAUAAAGUCACUGCCACAGGAAUGGUUGUGGUGCGAGACCUGGUGUAGUGACGAGUCUAAAAAAUAUGCUAAAACUAUAGAUCUGUGUAAUAAUCCAAUGACCAAAGAACCAAAGUUAAAAGCAGCGAUGCGUAUAGCUCCAGAAUGGAAGACAUACGAUUAUGAAAUAAAAGUAUUCUGGGAUAGUAUAUACGGCACUAAUACUAGAUCUCAAAUAGAAUACGAUCCACCAGAAUUAAGUCCGGAGAAAAAAGAGGCCUGGCGAGAUAGGAUAGAGUUAUAACAUAUGUGAUUGUAUAGUGACAUUAUUUAAUUAUUUGUUACAUACACAGUUCCACACAGCGAUGUAUAUAUCCAUUCUGCAAAGUCAUAUGUCGUGUUUCCAUGGUUACGUAGCGAUAUUUAAUAUCGAAUGUGCUCAAGGUUGUCACUGAAUUUGUUUGUUUUAUGUUCCGAUGUUAUGUAUUGUAAAAUCAGAAAUUUUUGCAAGGAAUUUUUUUUGGGGCCAUAUUCACUAAAUUUCAUAUUCUCGAAAAUAUAUCCUUGCAAAAAUUGUUGUUAAAUAAAUAGCCAUAUAUCACGAAUAUUCUACUUUGCAAACCAAUUUCAGUUUUAAGUAAAGCUCAACUUUUAGCAUCGCAGAAAUGUCUGAUUUUACGGUACUAAUAAGUGAAUGGUUAAGAAUCUAGGAGACACAUCUUCAUUACAGGCAUUGAUAUUUGCAAAUAUACCGACAUUUAUACAUGGAUAUUAACCCUUAGCCUGCUGCAGGCGAAUUUAACAGCCUUUGCAAACAGCUUGGAACCAGAUCAGACGCCGAUUAAAUCGGUGUCUGAUCAGGUUCCAAGCUGUUUGCUACUCCAACAAUAUUUUCUUCCAAUUUUGGAGCAAAUUGAAUAAACUUUACAAUUUUAGCAGACGACAUUUCCAGCAGACGACAAUUUAUCUAGCAUGCUAAAGGUUAAGGUAGAUUUUACUCCGAUUCAUUUGAAUUAAAAUUUGAUUCAACUUUCAUAAACAUAUACUGUGAAAUCAUUAAUUUUCGAGGUGGGCUCAUUUUUGCUGAUUUCGAUGUAACAUCAAUACUCUAAAUUAAAUCCCAACGACUGCACAUGCAAUUUCCAUUUAUUUAGCUACAAAACAUGAAAUCCAUAAAUUCACGUACUAACAAAACUGUUUUUUGAUGCAAAAAGGUAACAUGAAAUUAAAUUAUAAGUGCAUGAUAUUUAAGCAUAUUAAAAUCGUUUGUUUUUUUUAUUUUUCAAGUCUGAGGAGGGUUUUGGGUUACAAAGCAGUGGUCUGGAAUUGUUAAGUGGGAAGUGCUACAUAAUUCCUGUUUACUUACAUGUAAUCUUACAACUCUAGACAGUCAAAUGUGUACUGUGUUUUCAUACAUUACCUUCAUCAUGUACAUUAUGAUAUUUUUUGCAUUAAAUGAGACCAACUUGUGUUUGAAAUGCAGGGAAAACAUGCAACUUCGACCUCUAUUUGAUUUCUAUUUAACAACUACUACGAAACUUCCCACAGUUUGCAAAUGGGUACAGUUAGACUUUCAAACUACCUUCAGUAGAUUCUGAUAUGCAUGGUAUAUUAACUUUUCUCCUUUCUAGAAUACCCCAGUAGUAGAUUUACCAAAUCUCUUGAGAGACUGUCCUAUUAAGAGAUCAAAUUUUGGCGGUCCAUUGUGUGGUCUACUGUUACACUUUAUGAUCCCAUCCUUAUACUCUACAUACAGUAAAUACAUAAGUAAUAACUUACAUGUCAAAACAUCUUACUUACUGUUGUACAUUUACUUCUUACUUCCGGAAUAUUGUACAAGUAUUUGUUGAAGUCUACUGAAUUUUAAUGUAAAUACAUGUAAUUAUAGAUAAAAAUUAAAAGGUUAGGGUAGAUUUUACAGAAGUACUGAGUACCGAAACACAGCCAUAAAACUUACUUGAUCUUGUUUAUUAAAGAUUUACAAAGUUAAAACGUUCACUGAAAUUGUUACCUGUUUGUAUAUCAUUGUUGAGUUGUACAUAGUCAAAUCAUGUAUGAAUGAUGAAAAAAAAAUACCCAGAUUAUCUCCAUUUACAUGUCAUAAUUGCUAGAUUUGUAUGUGAAACGGUGUUGCAUUUUCAUUGAGAAAGAUAACUCUGUUUGAAGUAAUCAACAAUUCUCAAGUGAAUUACCUCCCUUAGACAAUAUUUUCAGUAUUUUUGAGUGCAUAAAACCACAGAUGCUGUGAAAUUUAUAUUGUGUUAGAAUAAGUUCACAUGCAUUGUUAAUUUGCAUGUCCGUUUGGUGAUAUAUGAAUUAUUAGAAAUCUGUGUUCAACUGAUCAUUGGGUGAGAAAUUUUGCUCCACAGUAGAAUGUCAGUUUUCUAGUUGGUUAUUGCUCUUGAUCUCUGCCUUAUUUUGACAAGUUGUCAUUCUUAGUCUGAAUUUGCUAGAAUGUUUUAGAAAUCCAGGACAUGGCUAGAUUAGUUGAUCACACUAGAUGAUCACAUGAUCUGAUCAUAUUAGAUGAUCACAUUUUAAUUUAGGUGAUCAUAGUUACGAAGUAAUGUUUGUGACAAUAACAUAGGACCAAGGUCGUUGAGUUCCGAAAUCAUUUUUUCUUCACCAUUGUUUCUUGCAGGGAAGUUGCAAGGCGUUGAUUUGAGCCAUGCCAUGAGCAAACCAACAUUUUGCGUUUGCCACCAGCAUGGAUCCAAACCAGCCUGCGCAUCCGCGCAGUCUUGUCAUGAUCCAUGCUGUUCACUUACCGUUUCUCUAAUUGCAAUAGACUUUGAAAGAAAACAGAUGGAUCCUGACUAGACUGCGCGGAUGCGCAGGCUGGUCUGGAUCCAUGCUGGUCGCAAACGCACUAUGUUGGUUUUCUCAUGGCACAGCUCAUUUUAUUCUCCACCAUGGUAAAAUGUAGUGGAGUUACCAGUAAUAUUUAAGAGCAUUUCAUGUAGUUUUAUAUGUUGAAAGUUAUGUGGCAACUUUAUGUUAGUUACUGCUGUUAUGAAAAUAAGAUAUUAAUACUUUUAGAUUUAAAUCAUGAAUUUCUUUCUUACUCAAUCAUGUGUGGUGAAAGGCCAUAAUUUAAUGCUUUAACUUCCAUUAUUACUUGUAUUUUUCUGCCAUUACAUGUUAUUCACUGUAAUUGUAUCAAUAAUUCAUAUUGAACAUUAAUGAAUAUUAAGUUAUAAGGAGUAUUAAACACUUUCAAGCGUUAAACUGUUAACAGAUAAUUUUUUGACACGAGAUGUUGGUGUCCGAUUCUCACCUGUCAGAUAUUACCAUACGAUUUAAAGUUUAAAAGUUAAUAAUCUAAAUGUCAUAUGUCAGGUAUAGAUAGACAAAGCAAAACCUUUUUUACCGGUAAUAAUUUCACUUUUCUGGUAAUAUUGUAAGAUUAGCAUCAUUGUGUACAAAAUAUUAAUGUGUUAUUGGCUCCUUUAGAAUACUGUUAUCAUAUUCUUACAUCACUCAUCCUAGCAAAUUAAUGUCCAGAUGACUUUUUAUCUGUAUUUAAGUUAAGGUGACAUUUUCACCAGAUAAAUUAACAUGACUUUAUCUGCAGAUAAUUUUAACAUUAUGGCUAAUUUAUCACAUUAAAAAUAUUAAAUAUUAAAACGUUUUCAAAUUAAUGCUUUAGUGAACUUGGGGGUUAGUGGUAACCUUUACUAAUUUUGUGUCAGUGUUAAUACACUAUAGUAUUUGCCUUUUAAGAUUUUCACCACUAGAUAACUUUUUGUAAAGAUUUAAACAUGUGUACUAAUUACAUCUGGCUAUUAUACAUGAAAAAGAUUUUGAACUACAAAUAACUUUGUAUCUCUAAAAUGGGCAGCUUUGUUCUUGCGUAAAGUUAAAGUUUAUAGUAAAACUCUGUGUUGGAAAAAAAAAAAAGGGAUCAAUUUCUAAGUGUAUACUCUGGUAAAAUUUCCUUCUGUGAUUGAUUCAUAAUUUGAGCCGCACCAUGAGAAAACCAACAUAGUGUAUUUUUGCAACCAGCAUGGAUCCACACCAGCCUGCGCAUUCGCCGAGUCUGAUCAGGAUCCAUGCUGUUCGCUUUCAAAGCCUAUUGCAAUUAGAGAAACUGUUAGCAAACAGCAUGGAUUUUGACCAAGCUGCAUGGAUGCGCAGGCUGGUCUGGAUCCAUGCUGGUCGCAAAUGCACUAUAUUGGUUUUCUCAUGGUGCGGUUCAUUUCAUAUUCAUUAAAGUGAUAGUUUAGCAGUCUUCAGGGAAGAUAUACUUGCGAUACAAGGAAAUUAUCAGAAUUUUGAAGAUACUAAUGAAUUUGCCAUCGUUCAGUAAACUUUUGUUCAUUAUACAUGUACUAAAUUUUGUGUUUUAAUGUGAGGUUAGGUAUGAAGAAAAAAUUUGGUAAAAUUGCUGUGUGACCAAGUUCAUGCUGAAAUAAAGUAGAAGUGUCUUUAUGGUAGUGAAAAAAAAUUGAAUAAUAGAAAAGUUACAUCAUUUUGAAAUUUUCACAAAUUUUGGACCCACUUUUGAACUAAUAUGUGUUGAAGAUACAGUGCAAAAAAGUUGCUGUAUAUAGGUAAAAUAUUCAUGACUUAAAAAUGUUGAAUUUUUACACAAAACAGGUCACGUAUGAUGAAUUUGUAUGAAAAAAAGAUAUCUGUGAAUAUACAUCCAUUAAACAUGUUUAUUUUUGUCCUUUUAAUUAUAGGAUAUAUCCCUUAUAUAACAAAUUUUUAUAAUGAACUUGUCCAUCUUUCAAUUUGGACAGUACCAUUAACUGUUAAAAGGGGUGCUAACAAAAGAGAUACUGGCUGAAUAACAAACAGUGCAGAUCAUGAUCAGAUUGCAUGGAUGUGCAGGCUGAUCAUGAUCUACACUGGUUGCAAAGGCAGAAUCAAUGGUGUCCAGCGUGAUAAGGGAUAUAGGUGAGAAUGUUGAACAGUAAAACUGAUAUAUGGAGAAAGAAAUUAUUAAUUCUUAUUUUUUUUUUUUAAUUGAGUGAAUGAUAUUUCCUUUCUAUUUUGACUAUAAUUGCAGUAACUGUUCUAAAUAUUGUUGUGAUUAUGUUUGUUUACUUAUAUGUGUAAUUAUGUAUGAGACAUGACAUAAUGUGACGUUUGUGUAGAGUAUAUUUUAACUACAUAUACAUGCGUAUACUGACUGGCUCAGAAAUGUGAAUGGUUAAUUUUGAGAAAUUGUGAAUGAUUAAAAAAUGUUAAAAUUGUGAAUGAUUUGAGUUAUAAAUGUACAUUGUAUGUCCGUAAAAAUGAGAAAUGCGUGUUUAAAUGUUUUGUACAUGGGUUUAAGGAAUAUUGUUUCUUGGCAUAAUGAUGAGAAAGUAAAAAUGUUAGAAGUAUACAUGUGUGAAAUUCUUUUCUGAAAAUAAAAAUGGCCAAGGUUGAAAGAAGGAUUUAUUUGUAAGUAAAAGGAAAGUGACAUUGAAAACGUUUAAACUUUCAUAUUUAUUAGGCAGCUAUGAUAGUGAUUUGAUAUUUACUUAGAAAGGAUAAAUGACGUUUCAGUCAUUUAAAAGAAUAAUUUGAAAUACACAUCGAGUCAUACUACAUUCAUUUCUUUAUUUUCUAUAUUUUUUUUUUACAGAAAUCUUUCUCUAUGGACUGAAGUACAUUUAACUAGAUGUAGAUAUAAUACAGGAAACUUUAUCAGGCAGGUCAUAGUUGAUGCAUGUAGAUUAAAUUUAGGAGUUUUUUGCCAAUACUUAAUCUUAAAGCUAGUAUUACAGAUCUGAAGCUAGUUCUUUACUUGGUAGGUUGACAGUCGCCAAAAGCGUAAAUGUUACUGAAACUGAAAUAUUCUAACUUCAGAGGAAGUGUGUGCAUGUAUGUUUUUUUUUUGAAGCCAAAGCUGUUUUACAUAAUAUUGUUAAAUGCGAUGAUGGGAAAUAAAAUAUUGAAAACUAGAAAACUGUA